GGGAGAUAUGGAGAGAGGGACAGUUUUCUCAAAACACAUUCAUAAUAAGCAGAUGUAAUUGUUUUCUUGCUCUCGACGAAGUCAACCAGCAAAAUCCCCUCUGCAUCCCAGAAUAUGGUGGCCAGGACCUUUCCUCUUGACCGCUCGGAUUUUGCUUUGACUGUUCUAUUUCCACCCCUGGGGGGCAGCCCCUGCUUUGAUUGAAUUUUGACCUCAGGAUCAUACUGGUAGAGCCGUGUUUCAUCCCCUGCCACAAUUCUCUGCAAUAAAGCUUCAGAGUCUUCAUCCCAUUUGUUAAACAUUUCCAUUGAAAGAGCUACCCUGAUUUGCUGCUGAUUUGGGCGAAACAGCCUAAAGACUCAUUGAGCGGAAAGCUUGCUUAGCCCCAAACUCUCCACCAGAAUUGUGUGCAGAACCCACAGAGAUGCUGUGUGUGUCUGCUGCUAAUUCAGUGGUUAUUCGCCUGUCCUUUUCAAACAUGUUUCGAACAUCAUCAAUGUUUUCCUCACUAACUGAUGUUUAUGGCCUGACAUUGCGGGGCUCAUCAAUAAUUUCGUUUUUUCCACUUCUGAACCGACUUAUCCAUUUGUAUAUUGUUGAUUUCUUUGAGGCAUUGUCACCAUAAACUUGUCAGUGAUUUGCCUAUUCUCCCAACCGAGUUUCACCAUGAAUUUAAUGUUUGUCCUGGCCUCGAUUUUGGUGGAUUCCAUGUUGUUUGAAUGGUACCCGAUGGUACUUUCGGUUCAUGUUUGAACACGUUAUAACACUUUGGUAUGAGAAUGUUCAGGUGUAUUGAAAUCAAAGUCCUUCCAUAUGAUUUUAGUUAGGGACUUUUUCCUUCGUACUAUGUAUAUAUAUAUACUAAAUAUAUAUAUAUAUAUAUAUAUAUAUAUACAUUAUAUAUCCCAAUGCCGACGGGCAUGACGUGUACAUUCGUGCCAUGCCCACUGUGAGUUACUUGUUUAAUUGUUUUUAACACACAGAUGGCCACACUUGUACUAAUACACCAAUGAGCCAAUUACGAGCACUGCCUGCCUCGCCCGUUUACCCUUUUCUUUGAUUUACGAAAAUAUUUUACUUUAUCUUAUUUUACUUUAUCUUAUAUAUCUUAUAUAUAUACGUAUGUCUGCGUGUGUGCGUGCGCGUGCGUGCGUGCCUAACUGCCUGUGUGCCAAUGCUUGUGUUUAUUUGUGUUUAAUUAUAUAAGUAGGUAAGUACGUAGGUAUACGCUUACGUAUGUAUGUAUGAGCUAGAGUGAAAUUGAGAUCCAAGAAACUGGAAGUGGGAGUGAGAGUAGAGAUAGUGAGAGUGAGAGAGAGAGAGCAGGAAUAUAAGAGCCAGAGAGGAAAAGAGAAGGGAAAGGGGGAGUGGGGUGAAGAACGAGAGUGAUUAUGAGAGUGAAAUAAAGUAGGGAAAGGAUAAUGUAGUGUUGCCUGAGCUCAACGUCAACAUCCAGUGUGUAACGUAAGAAAACAGUACAUAGUUCCGCCACCCUAUUCCGGCCUCUGUAAGAAAAUCAAUAUCGACGUAGGGCGUCCAUGUGGACCUGGUGGCUCCAACCUGAGAAGGGAAGCAAGGUGCAGAUAACGGCUAUUGAUCGGCGAUGACUCCUCUGAUCUUGUUGUCCCAUUUUCUUCGGCUGGUAGUCUGGGUUGAGAGCAACCUUUUUGUGGUUAUGUUUGCUGAUUAGUUUUUGAUAGAUGGGUUUCCCAAAGACAUAUUUUCUUUAAGAAAGAGUAUUACUCAUCCUUUAAGCAAAUGUCAGAUUGAGAAUGAUAUUGGGAAUGCUGUAAAUGAAGUAUAAAAAGUAGCUAGCAUCGCACUAAGUAGGCCCUCACCUCCGCUCUCACGCCUCCCUCUUUCUGCUCUCACUGUCGGUCUCCCCCGCGCCUCUCCGCUAGCCCGCUCUCCCCGUUUCUCCCCUUUGCUACAUCCAUCGCUUCAGCACGUUUGAUUUCUUAUGUCGGUCGAAACAUUUUCCGUUUUGGUAUCAAGUAAUGGGUUCCAUGGGUUGAGGGAAAUAAAUAUGAGAAUUCCAGAGGCCACUAUAAGCAACUGUGUGGCUACAAUUCUGUCCCUGCCACAAUUCACCUUCCUCCAUCUCGAGAGACGGGGAUUUAAGUCGUGGCCUGCUAUCUUGAUAUUCCCUAUGAAAUCUUCCGUCAUAAUCUAGUAUUAUGUUUAGUAUUAUAUUUUCAUGAUCUUCUUGAAGCACAAAAAGGCCAAAGGCAUUCUAUUUAGUUAUAUUGUGCAGAAUGAAGAGCAAAAGAUAAAAUAGUGUGGGUUUCAUCCAUAUGUAUAAAACUGCCUUGCCAGUUCACACUAGUUACUAAGUGUUGUACCUUACUUAACCGUAUAUACUACACAACAUCUAAUAUUGAAGACAGGUUAGUAUGGCAUGACUUUUAGUCAUUAUCCCCCCUUCUCAUUCUAUACAAAAACUCUGUUCGACGAUUUCUGAACCCAGUCUCCAACAAACGCUCGAAUUUCAUGAAGGACAUAAAUCAUUUCAGUACAGUAUUUAUGAUCAGUAAAUUUCUUCCAUCUUAUGACACGAUGUGUAAGGAACACCUAUGUCACUGCCCGAUGCAUUUACCUUUCCUCUCCGUUCUAGUAUCAUCACCGCCCAAUCUCUAUUGUCUUUAAGCCCAGCUUGUAAGAUGUGUGCGUCCAUCCUCCCUCCUAUCCUCCCUAGGUCUCUCCCCCAAUGGGUCCUCCCUCGCGUCCCCCCCGCACUCCCCGCGCACUCGCACACCCCUCAGCCGGCACUGACGAGGCAUCAGCCCAGAGACUCACUCACUCCCGAACCUCCUAGUCCCCUCCUCGAGUUCUCACAAUUACCCUUCUUGUACCAUACCCUUGCCUUACCCUUGUUCCCUUCCAUUCUUACUUGCUGUUUAAGAAACGAAGACCACUCACAGCAGAAAACGAAGGCUCGUGUUGUGAGAUACGAGGUGUAGAAAAUUAAACAUUUAUCUGUCCACAUUACGAUUGGUUUACGAUGGUCAGAAUUUGGAAAUAUAAAACAUGUUCAGUGUCAUAAACAUUACGAAAGGAAGUGGGCAAGUGACUCCAAAGAUCAUAUGAACAGAUGAUGAGUUCUUGUUGGAAACUAUUUCACACAACUGAGAACGCCGUUCUUUUUUUUUGUCAUCUUAUAUAGUCCCUGGAGAUAAGAAUGCUAGAAGGAGUCGGGAUGCCGUUGGUCUACAGCACAGGUGCUGCAGGUGGGCGGGAACAACGCCGUCCGAUGUGGACUCAACACGAGAAAGCUGUAUUGCGUCUGCUUAUGCGUCAGUAUGCUGGUGUUACUGAAUUCGAUCCACCUGAUGUUCACAAGCAUCCAAUCAGAAACGAAAUGUGGAGGCUUCUGACAGCUCGGUACAAUGCCCAUCCUCACGUGCGAUCAAGAGAUACCAAACAACUUAGAAAGGCGUGGGAAAACCUGAAAUACCGAGCCCGCAAAUUGGGGUCUGAAAGCCAGCGAAGUGGAAGACAGCAAAAUAACAAUGAAUCAAAUUGGCCCUUGGAUGGAGUCACCCUCCCAGGGCCGCCAACCUCCCCGACGGCGAACACUACUGCUUCCCGGGAGACAGGGGAGGUUGGGGAAUGGAGAUGCUCUGAAGAUUCGCAAAAAAAUGACGAUGACCUCGAAGAAUCUGAGAAAAAAUGUAAAGAGGAAAUAGAAGAGGAGAAUUCUCAGAACACUGACAAUCCAAAUAUUCACUCUCUGAGUGAUAGGGAAACAUCUGUUCUGAAUUUACAUCCUAUCGUGUCGUCACUUCUUGGUGGGGGUUUAGGACCUUUAGCCACAACUCUACCGUUUCUAGCAUCACCUCCAAGUUCCCAGCUCGCUACUGGACUGCUUUUGCCCCACGCAAUAUCUAACUUGGGAUCAACUGGGGAUACUGACAUUUGUCAAUCAGCACUGAGGUCUUCCAUGGAUUCUGUUUCCACUACCUCUACUUCACCCACAACGGCCACCUCCACCCCGUUACCAACUGCCACUACCUCAGGCAUUAGCACCUCUACCUCAGGAACGUCCAUCGCCAUUAGCAGUGUGUCUCAGGUAAACAGUGACACUUUAACAAUAACCACCUCUGCUUCGUCAACCACCCCAGAGAAACUGAAAUCGGCGGAAGAUCCAGGGAAUUCAUGUGCAGCACAGGAACGACUUCAGCAGCGCGUGUCUAUUGUGGAGGGGAACAUACGUCACGCAGAGGAGCAGCAUCAAGCGCAACUCCAGCUCCUUCGGCUUCAGAUGGCACAGGCAAUUGCUGAGCACGAUGCCAAAAUGAGGGUACUAGCUGCACAGCUCGAGUAUUGGCAGAGGCGACUUCGUGUUCAGCAGAGAGUCACGUAUGCUUUGUCAGCCAUUACACAAAGUGACCCUGAUUUGGAAGACGAGCAGAUACCUUGACUUCUUUUCAAAAUUUGUGUUUACGGCAGUGGUUUACUUUUGAUUGCUAAUGUAAGAAAGGUUGUGAGUUUAUGUAUGCUCAAUGUAGUAUCUGAUGAAGAUAUAAAUUCUUGGUUGUUAAGCUAGCAUUUCGAUUGUUUGAAAGGAAAAUGUUAAAAUAGUUGAUACAGUGGUAUUAUGUAUGUGUAAGUAAAUGUAUGUAAUUCAGGAAAAGAAAACAUUAGUGCUGUUCAUAAUUCAUUGCAUACUGGCUUCACCAUCGGUUAUUUAUUUAUUCAUUUAUUCACGUGAAAAUACAAACUUUUCAGUCUUCUCCAAAUAGCCUGAAAUGAGGAUAAACCUACUUGCGCUGAAAUUAGAAUGUACAAAUUCAUUAUACUUUAUACAACUUUUGCCAGAUAACUUCUUACAAAUGUACAUAUAGAUGACAAUAUUCUCAAUGCAUUUGAACAAAGAAUAUAUUUUAGUUACAUAUAGGAAGAUGUAUUGCCAAUAAAAAUACAUCAGCAA